CACCAUCUGCUUCGCGCUCCAGCUGCUUGCUCGCUCGCUCGAUCGAUCGGCCGCUGCUGCCGUGAAUUAUCGUCGGUUGCAUCUGCUUUCCGGUUUCGUCAAUCUGGCGAUUGCUGGGUCGGAUUGCAAUUCCUCCUCGGCCGGGACCAUCAUCAGCUUCUCCAUGGUUCAGAGAUUUCGUCUGAUGCAUUUUAGACGUGGAGCGCGGUUGACUUCGUCGUCGUCCGAACGAGAACGCGCUGCGCAUUUGCUCCUUUCGUGUUUGCGCCGAGUGUAGAGAGUGCGGUGGUCACGUCGUGCGACUGCGUUCGGUUCACUUCGAGGGAUGGUCUCGUCCUGAGACAGUCGAGAGCUAUCGCCUGAAUUUUGUAAACGGGUUUGCGGAUUCAGGACUCGCACUCGCUGAAUUUCCUGAGCUCCGACAGUUGUUGGUGGGAGUGCCGAGCCGGAUCCGCUUUUUCUUUCGCCCCUGUCGAUCGAGAAGCCACAAUGUUGGAAGGCAAAGCCAUCGUCGGCGAGACUGACAUGCCAGCCAAGAUGCAGGCUCAUGCCAUGCGCUGUGCUUCCGAGGCUCUGGACUCGUUCGACGUCACAGACUGCAAGGACAUAGCGUGCUACAUCAAGAAGGACUUCGACAAAUCUUACGGACCCGGGUGGCAGUGCGUGGUGGGAACGAGUUUUGGUUCUUAUGUGACGCACUCGUGCGGGAACUUCAUCCAUUUUUGCCUGGGACGCAUGGCCGUCAUGCUAUUCAGGGGCGUGUCAUGAGGGCACGACCGAGCGCUCGCCUGAUCACAUCAGGGUUUGCCAGAGUUCCAAAUUUUAGCGUAGCCUAUCAAACAUGUGCGGUGUACGCGAUGACACCACACCACACCACACCACACCACGACAAUUUCGGAGAUCGAGCGAUCGAUCGGAUCAGUUCUCGGUUCAACGAAUGGGCACAGUUCGUCAUGACAACAUUUCAUCUCAUCCCCUUCGUCCUUCUCGUCGUAGAUUAUUUUUUCAAACUACCUCGAGAUGAAAGACCGAGAGCCCCUCUCGUGUACAUAUGCUCCUCCUGCACAGACGUGAGCAGUCCAAGUCCAGGUUCUGGUAGCUGAUUCCGCUGUAAAUGCAAUCAUUAUUUAUCGUCCACCAAUAUAUAAAUAAUACUCGUCAUUGACGGAUGGAUUGUUACUGAAGUAAACACCUGGCCUGGCCCACCUGUUCCUCCUCAGCCUUGUAGUUUGUUUACCACGUGGAACUCAAGCGUUGAUUCUCCAGAUUGGUGGAAAGCGUUUCGUAAUCAUGCCGUAAGCAGCGCGAAAUUCCCAUCACUGGGAUUCAGUCUCAACAUGGCUGCCGAGUAAAUCUGUGCUUCGAAAUUGAUAACUCGCACUCUCUUCUCUCAAUCCCCAAGCGACAUAACAAAGAGCAUCGGGACUUGUAGCUGAAUUCGGAAGUAUGUUUCUGACAGUGUUCGGCACCGUCGUGACACACGCUCGUGAUUGGCAAUCGCGACAGUGGCAAUUCGUACGAUGAUGAGCUGGAGAGAACAUGUUUCUCAAGUGCGGUGGCUGCGGAAUUGCAUAUUGGCAAGAAGUACGAUGUCCUUCAGAGCCACUGACAGCCAGAUGUCUCACAAGCUCGAAGACUGACUGGCCCAAGCACCCAGCGAAGACGUACUAUGAUCAGCUGGCUGGCCGACAUCUCUCUCAUCUCCGUGAUUAUCGAACCGAAGAUUGCGCGUCGUGAUGGGGCAAGUGGCUCCGAAGCUAGACAACGAACGAACCUAGAAUUCCAACAUGUGCGGCGGUUUGAGCCCACGUUGUUGCCGAAUGCUUCAGGUGAGCAAGGACC